UUCGUGCUGUGACGUCUGUCUUCUUCUAAUACCUAUAUAGAUAGUCCAAAGCAAUGAAAUAAAAACAAACAGCUUUCAUAAAAAACACUGAACAUAAUUUACUAUCAACUUUUGAAUUGCUUUUUAAGAUAAAAUCAUAAUGGAAUUUCAUCCUUUAAACUUAGCCCAUCAACAGCACAGACGAGCUGAAGCCCACUUGAAACACAACAGAUAUGAUGAGGCUAUACAAUGUCAUCACAAUGCGGCAGAAUUACUUCUCGAUGCACUUAAGUCAACAAAUUCAUCGGUAGCUUUAGAAUCAAUAACUCUGCAACAUAACUAUCAUCUUAAACAAAAGGAUUUAGUUAAAAAUAAAAAAGAACAAUAUGCAAGGGUAAAAAAAGCUCUUGAUAAUAUAAAAUGUUUAAGCAAUGAUCCUCAAUUUAACCUUAAUGGUAAUGAUAUUUCAACAUUACAAGUUGCAAUUUAUAAGGCUGUCAAUGAAUCUGGUAAUUUAUUAAACAUAUUGUCUGUUAAAUGUGAACAGUCUAAUGAAAAAAGCUCGGUUGAUGUAACAGAUGGCAAUGUUGCAGAAAAAUCACAGCAAAUGAUUGUAGAGGAAGUUCAAAGUCAUAAUCAAAAUCUACAGACAAUGGUAGAGCAACUUUUACUCCAAGUUGAAGUCAUCAAAGAUGACAACAUAACCCUAAAGGAAAGAGUUAAUUAUUUAGAAAAGGAACGAGUCAAAUAUCUUAAUAUACAAUCUCAGGAUGAGUCAUUAGAGAGAAAUGACUUCUCCGCAUUAAGUUUGCUUUCUGACGGUUAUAGUAAAGACAGUUCCAGAGAACAAAUGGGAAAACCGUUUCAUGUAAAUUUUUUUGAAUGAUUUAAUCCACAUAAGUAUAAAUUGUGUGUAUUUAUAAAUAUUGUUAAUAAAGUUAGAUAUAUUUUUUUUAUGUAAAUAAUAGAUUUAUGAUGCAAAUUGAUUUUGUAAUUAAAUCAAUUGUAUUCUC